AAUAACGAAUUAAACAAUGCAAUACCUUUCUUAUCUUUCGUAUGCUACUUACUUUACAUUUUUAUCGGUGCAUUUACAACCAUUGCAACGAAAAGUAUGGGUUAAGUUACAUUUUAUAUUUCAACUUUUUAAAAGAUGUAAUUAAUAAGAAAAUCAGACAAACGUAUGAGGAAGAAAGUCAAAUAAUAGUUAAUUUUUAUGCAGCAAGGUCCAGAAGAGAUCAAAGGUCAACGAUUUCUUCAAUGGUUGAUUGGCAUAAUCCAUCAUUUCUGGGAGAGAAUGGUAUAUAUCCAAACGCGCCUCCACCAUACUCUCAGUUGGAUUUGCCACCAAAAUAUGAAGAUAUUAUAAGGGACAUGAGGGCCAACACAAUCAAUACAAGUAACACUUUGGUGCCUACACAUACCACCACACCAUAUCCAAACAAUACCACACCAUCAUCUCAAAAUAGUGCAAUUACAGAAUCCAAUAUAUCCACAAUAGCAUAAUAAAUACAAGCAAUUAAGUUUCGAGUGUCAAAGUUAUUAUUAUAAGUUUUUUUUUAAGAAAUACAA